AUGACACUAUGUCCUGAGACACAACCUCUUCGGUUAGGAACAGCGGGGUUACCAUGUGAAAUCGAAUUAUUCAUGAAGCCAACGAUAAUUCCGAGAACCUGCUCAAUAAAAUACUUAGAACUAUCACGUAGCAUCUACCAUAAGUUAAAAAAUCAUAAUAAAUGGAUUUAUAUAAUAAACACGUCGGACGAUGUAGCUGUCACCUGCGAUCAAUGGGAUAACGCAAGGAAUAAACAAGUAAGGGGCGUAGGUAUAAUAACUUUAAGUGAACAAUGCAGGGUACACACACCACAAGUAGUCUUAACACCUAACCGGCACUUGAAGUCCGCUCAGUAUACCGACUUCAUUCCCCCAGUAAACAUACCGACCAGUGUAAAAAUUCCGUUAUUACCCAGUGCUAAGCUUGAGAGUCUACUUACUCAUCAAAAUCCAGUAGUUAAAUCAAACGAUAUUACCGAUUUUUCUAAAACAAUCGAAGAGUUAGAAAACGCGGUACAAGAGUAA